UGAUAACACCUAGAUAGUGUAUACAGGCUGAAAUACGCCGCACAGGUAUUUAAUGCUCAGGACUAGAGGGAAGGUCGAAAGAACAGGGAGGCCUUGUUGGAUUUUAAGUAAACUUCUCGUGUGAUCCUGGCGUCAGAAAUGCAUCCCCGGCGCAGUGCUCAGGAAGUCCUACUGUGUGACCUCUGUGAAACUGUCCCCCUACAGAGUCACUGUGAACUUUGUAAUAUAAAUCUAUGUGUUAACUGUGCAGGAAAGCAUGUCUCAGAUUCGUCUAAAAGACACAAUGUCGUGCCCUUUUUACACAGAAAGUCUACUCCUAACUACCCAAAAUGUCCAAAACACGCCGACAAACACUGUGAAAUGUACUGUGAAAAAUGCGACAUUCCUGUCUGUAUUACCUGCGUCACUUCAGGUAAACACAAAGGUCACGAUAUAUCAAAUAUUCUGGAAAAACUCGGAUCUAAAACAGAAAGUUUACAAAAAGAUUUAGAGGAACUAGAGAGCAGAAUUUAUCCUCGAUAUGAAGAAAUGGCCUCCGAUGUCCAAACUGAAAAAGCGGUAUUAGAAUCCAAAUACGGGAAACUCACGACAGAUGCCGAUGAACAAGGAGAAGCCUUACACCGGGAGGUCACCGCCAUUGUCAACCAGCGGAAAUCCGCUAUUUCGGAGAUGAAAACUAAACAUCUGGACGCGCUAAAUAAAAAUACAGAAGAAAUCACACAGAAAAUGACUGAACUCAAACAGAUCAUGUCCGACUUGAAAUCAAUCCUAAAAUCAAAUGACGUCUCCUUAACCUCUACUUACAAAUCUAGGAAUUCCGAAUUUAAAACAUUACCUCCUAAAGUCCGAGUUACAGUACCCAGUUUUUCUGCUCAGAAAAUACACAAAGAUCAGCUCAAUAAAAUGGUUGGUUCUCUGUCGCCAUUAUCCAUUAACAUAGAACAAGGCUACACAAUGAAGUCAGCAGAAGCUGUAUCGUCUCCUCCAGUCAAACCACUGCUUGAUGAGCCGCGCGUCACCGCCACCAUAGACACUGGGUAUAACACUGAGUAUAGAGGACUAUACAGUGUUAGCUGUCUGAGUGAAGAUCAAGUCUGGACAGGCGGGCAGAACGAAACCAUGAAGCUGCUCAACCUCCAGAGUAAACUACUGACAUCAAUACAAACCAAGUCAAGGAACGAACCACACGACAUAGCAGUGACACGGGACGGAGAUCUUGUUUAUACUGAUAGUAACAAUAUAAACCUAAUUAAGAAUAAAAAGAUACAGACCGUGAUCACACUACAGGGGUGGGUACCUCACAAUGUCUGCUGUACCGCGGCUAACGAUCUCCUGGUUACCAUGAACAGUGAUGAUAGAAAACAAUCCAAAGUCGUGCGUUACUCCGGCUCCACAGAGAAACAAAGCAUUCAGUUUGAUGAUCAGGGUCGUCCUCUCUACUCAUCUGGUGGUUAUAAUAAAUACCUCAGUGAGAACAAGAACCUGGAUAUCUGUGUGGCUGACUGGAAAGUUAAUGCAGUAGUGGUGGUCAAUCAGUCAGGAAAACUCCGAUUUAGAUACACUGGUCAUCCCUCUAAUACCAAGCAAUCAUUUAUGCCACUCGGCAUCACUACAGACAGCCAGAGUCACAUCCUGACAGCAGACUGUGGCAAUCACCGUAUCCACAUCCUAGAUCAGGACGGACAGUUCCUCCGUUACAUUCACUGUCAUUUAAAGUCUCCAUACGGUUUAUGUGUGGACAUCAGAGACAACCUCUUUGUGGCUGAGUGUUUCACUGCUAAAGUGAAGAAAAUCCAAUAUCUAUAAACACAGUGUUAAUUACACAUCUCUACAGUGUUAAUUACAUCUACCAACACAGUGUUAAUUACACCUACCAACACAGUGUUAAUUACAUCUACCAACACAGUGUUAAUUACACCUACCAACACAGUGUUAAUUACAUCUACCAACACAGUGUUAAUUACAUCUACCAACACAGUGUUAAUUACAUCUACCAACACAGUGUUAAUUACAUCUACCAACACAGUGUUAAUUACAUCUACCAAUACAGUGUUAAUUACAUCUACCAACACAGUGUUAAUUACAUCUACCAAUACAGUGUUAAUUACACCUACCAACACAGUGUUAAUUACACAGCUCUACAGUGUUGUUAAUUACAUCCCCGUGUUAAUUACAGCCCUGUGUUAAUUACAGUUCUGUGUUAAUUACAGCCCAAUGUACAUUACAGUCCUGUGUACAUUACAGUCCUCUGUUUGUGAUGUGUAACAUGUACUUGUGUUUGUGAGUUUAACAGAACAUUAUUUUGUUUGUGAAUUCAUUCAAUAUGUGUUUGAUUUUACAAUGUAUAUAUUAGAUAAACAUGAUACAGAG